AUCAGAACAAAAGGGGAGGGGUUUAGUGACAGGGUCACCAAAAUGGCGCUAUCCAUAGUUCACACGAAUGUUCAGCCUAUUUUAUGACAUUUUUCCUUAAAAACAUGCUCUAAAAUUGAUAAUCUAUUUAUCAAACCAGUAAAACUUUUAGAUAAAAGUUCAAGAUUUGUCGUUUUUAAGAUUUAAAGACAUUUACGGAUGCAGCAGCAUGUCGGGAUCAAAUGUUUGGACCAGAAACCGGGAGAAAAUGAGAAAUUUCACCGAAAUCUUUUCAAAGUGUGCCGACGAGGCUGCAGCGUAUGGAAAGUGUGUCGCAGCUACAACAGCAGGCAGACAGGAGCUGCAGAAGGACCUGUGUGCCAAAGAGUUUGAGGCUCUGAAGAACUGCUUCGUAAAAGCUGCUAAACGUCACGGCAGAUGAAUUAAAGGACAAGGAAACCCUCA